GUAAGUCGUGUUUGAAAGACAUUUAUGUAGAUCAAAGUUCCUCAAGGUUAAGUGUACCCUGUUCACAAUGGCAUUAGCGGGACUGAAAGUCAUUGAGAUGGCUGGGCUGGCUCCAUCGCCAUUCUGUGGCAUGAUCUUAUCAGAUUUUGGUGCCAAAGUUGUGAGAGUUACAAAGGCGAAUUCAGGCAUUGAUUUGGACCGGCUGUGCAGAGGAAAGUAUUCGAUUGCUGUCGACCUUAAGCAGCCUGAUGGCGUUGCCGUGGUGAGGAGGCUGUGCAAAACAGCAGACGUACUUAUAGAACCGUACCGCCCCGGUGUUAUGGAGAAGCUGUCACUAGGACCAAAUUUACUUCUGGAGGAUAAUCCGAGACUGAUCUACACUCGUCUGACGGGGUACGGACAAAACGGACCGCUGUGUAAUAAGGCUGGCCAUGACAUCAACUACCUUGCUAUAUCAGGUGUUUUGUCAAUGUUGGGAAGAAAACAUGAGAAGCCAACUCCACCUGUCAACUUACUAGCGGACUUUGCGGGCGGUGGGUUGCUGGCUGCCUUCGGUAUCAUGAUGGCUCUAGUUGAACGACAGACUUCAGGAAAAGGCCAAGUUAUUGAUGCCAACAUGGUGGAAGGUGCCGCAUAUGUGAGCAGCUUCCUAUGGAAAUCACGUGACUUGUUUCUGUGGGGGAAACCUCGCGGGGAAAACAUGCUGGACAGCGGAGCACAUUUCUACGACACAUACAAAACUCGCGACGGCAAAUACAUGGCGGUAGGAGCGAUCGAGCCACAGUUUUACCAGGAAUUUAUCGAGGGAUUACAACUAAACAAUGACGACGCGCCGAUGAAUCAACACGGCGACGACCAAGACGAGAUGAAAGCUCUGGUGGCGGCCCGAUUCGCCGAGCGAACGCAGGAGGAGUGGGAGGAGGCGUUCCGCAGCAGGGACGCAUGCGUCACCCCCGUCAUCGAUCACACUCACGCUCACCUCCAUCCUCACAACAGCUUCCGUGAGUCGUUCGUCGCCACGA